ACCACCACUCCAGCCACUGUCUACCUCACACCCUCUAGGAAUGACUAUAAUUAUGAGCAAUGUAUAUAUACCCGCAAUGAUACAGGCUACUACGACUGCAUGGUGGAGCAUUACUGUACUGUCAACAACUCAUAUAUGUUACCAAUAGCUUUCCAAGAUUCUGUGACUACAAACCUACACGAACUAUUUAGCGAACAUUUCUUCAUCUUUGCACUUACACACUUCAUCAUCCAACCAACGAAGCCGAUAUAUAAUACAAUCAUGACGUACUCUGUGGCUAUUUUCACCGCUGUCAUCUCUGCUACCAUUCUCAUCAGCUGUGCUGACGUUCUGCACGCCCAACAGGUGCAGAGUCCUACCUGCCAAACUGGCUACACAACGAUGAUAGUCAACAACAAAUGUAAAUGUGUCAAAGUAUCACCACUUUGGCCAAAAUGUAGUACAAAUUUCGACCUGGUAACUAUCAAUGGAGAGUGCAAGUGCAGGUGCAAGACAACUAAUUGGUGUCCCAGUGGCCAGAAAUGGGACUCUAACAUCUGUGCUUGUGUAAAUGACAAUGACAACGACGUGUGCACACUGUCGUGUCGCCUUCCUAAGGUCCGACACUCGACGCAAUGUAGGUGUGUCUGCCCAAACUCAUGUCCUGGAACUGACCAAAAUCUCCGCACGUGCGAGUGCCUCUCCUUAUGCGAUUUUGAGGGCAACUGUUUCCUCAACUCCUCAUGAUCAGCUCAUCUGUACAAGUGAACUUGAUCUAACUUUUAAUUAGUUACGGAAAGAACAAACAAAUUAUAGCCUGCUGCUUAGUAUUUCGAAUAGACUAUAGUGAUGUUGUACUGAUUCUCAUUAUUAUAACCCUUACAAUUAUGAUUUGCAUUACUGCUUAAAAAACAUG